GGCCGCGGGGGAGGGCGGGUGGUGGAGAUCGUGUCGCGGUGUGGCGUGGCGUGCAAGGAGUGCAUUGGUGAAUGGUGUGAUUUUCAAUCAGCCCUCCCCAGGAGCUGUUCGUGAAUUAGCGGAGGAUCGUUGCUUUGGGUAUUUUCCUCUCGUCUUCAGCAACAGCCAAGAUGAGCAACCAGUGAAAUAUCUCAUUCUUGGGGCAACUUGGACUGGAUGAGCUGGCAACAUCAAUGACCGCUGAUGUGCAACUGAACUUGUAGCUAGAAGAACUUCAAUCACAUCUGAGGCGUUCUGUCCGUGAAACAGGCUAGCCUGUUGGACUUGCCAUCUCAUUUGUCACUUUUCCAAUUGGUGUAAAAUUGUAUUGAUGGAUUGGUGGUGUGUGUGACUGAGGGAAAUUAUUAUUUAGCUUUCUCAGUCAAGAAAAUUUAAGUUUUCAAGUGCAAUAUUCUCUUAUUGAAGAUACUUUGGUGGUAUUAAGAUCUUAGUGCUUGUAAUAAUACCAAAAUGUAUAGCUUUUUUACUUCAAGAAGAAAGCGCACUAUGUUCUAUAAAGCAUUCGGUGUUGUAAUAGUGGUGUCAUGCAUUGUACUGUGGAAACGGAAAGGCUUUCUAAGAAGCAGUGGUGAUAAAAGCAUGGCAUUGGAAGGUGGCAUCUCAGUGGAAGAGUGGGAUGGAAAAGCAGAUGCUAGACAAAGUCAAAACAACAGAAUGGAGAGGUCAGGAGACUUCCGGCAACAACUAAAUGAGCUAGGUGGUCAAAAUGAAGCUCUCCCUGUCAAAAGUGUUUCAGACUUUGAUGUUUUGGGUGGAGUGAAGCUGGAUGAUCUUGAUGACAAGAGGAAUGCAUUUGGAAUGUCCCAUCAAAAAGGACUUGAGCAGUAUGACAGUGACAUUGAAAUGGAUCUCAAGAAGAUAGUGCCAGGUCUUGGUGCGGAUGGUGAACCAGCCCACUUGUCUGGAGCAGAGGAGGCUCAUGCCGAGGAACUGAUGAAAAAAGAGGCCUUCAACAUCGUUCUUAGUGACAAGAUUUCGCCCAACCGCUCCGUGCCAGAUGCCAGAAGCAAACUGUGUCUAGGCCGACAGCACGACCACGACCUGCCCACAGCGAGCGUCAUCAUCAUCUUCACCAACGAGGCGUUCUCUUCACUGGUGCGGACCAUCCACAGCGUCAUCAACCGCACUCCGGCGCGCCUGCUGAAGCAGAUCAUCCUGGUGGACGACUUCAGUGACAGAGGUUAGUCUAUGUCCCAUUCG